GACACUCUCAUCGUGGAAGAGGACACGUCCAAGCCCAAGCCUGACUCGCCCCUAGUCACAAAAAGAACGAUGUCUAACUCGGUUAGGGAGGCCGUGCCUGUGCUGGCGAGGAGGGUUGUUCCAGCAGAUAACUCCUGUCUCUUCACCAGUGUCUACUACGUGGUGGAGGGAGGCGUUUACGACCCGGGUUGCCCUCCAGAGAUGCGCAGCCUCAUAGCUCAGAUAGUAGCAAGUGAUCCUGAAUCUUACUGUGAGGCAGUUCUAGGGAAAACCAACAGGGAGUAUUGUGACUGGAUCAGGAGAGAAGAGACUUGGGGAGGAGCCAUCGAAGUGUCCAUUUUAUCCAAAUUUUACCAGUGUGAGAUCUGCGUGGUGGACACACAGACAGUCAGGAUUGACCGUUUUGGGGAGGAUGCUGGUUACACUAAGCGAGUCCUUUUAAUUUAUGAUGGGAUUCAUUAUGAUCCACUCGAGCGGAAAAUCCCCGACUCGGACAUUCCUCCCCAGACCAUUUUCUCCACCACUGAUGAUAUUGUUCUUGCCCAAGCGUUGGAGUUGGCAGAUGAAGCCAGAAGGAAGAGGCAGUUUACCGAUGUGAAUCGCUUCACUCUGAGGUGCAUGGUGUGCCAGAAGGGACUAACAGGACAAGUGGAAGCCAGAGAACACGCCAAGGAGACCGGACACACCAACUUUGGAGAAGUGUGA